AUGCCGACGGCAUCAGGCUAUGCGGGCUCAAAGCUGGCUGCGACCAAGGUGUAUGAAACAUUCGGUGCUGAGAACCCGCAAUACGAGGUCGUACAUAUCCAUCCUGGUGUCAUUUCCAGUGAGAUGAACAGCAAGAGCGGGUUAGGCGCUCAGGACGGUGCUGAUCUGCCAGCGAGCUUUAUCGUGUGGGCAUGUAGUCCCGAGGCUGGGUUCCUGCGCGGUGGUGGCAAGUUCUUGUGGAGCAACUGGGAUGUGGAUGAACUGAAGAGCCGGAAGGAGGAAUUGGCGAAGCCUGAGCAGCUCAAGCUUACCUUGAACGGCUGGCCGUUUGGACAAGAAGGACAAUAA